AUGUUUAGAAAAUUCACAAAGGACGACGUUCAUUCCCGUUCAAAGGUUAAAUCCUCUAUUCAAAGAACUCUAAAGACCAAAUUGGUCAACCAAUAUCCACAAUUAGAAGAAGUCAUUGAUGAACUAAUUCCCAAGAAAAGUCAAAUUGAAUUGAUAAAGUGUGAGGAUAAGAUUCAGCUAUAUGCUGUUGACGGCGAAGUGCUUUUUUUCCAAAAAUUCGAUGAGCUGAUCCCAACGCUUAAACUGGUUCACAAAUUCCCGGCGGCUUACCCAACAGUUCAAGUCGACAGAGGCGCAAUCAAGUUUGUUCUUUCCGGUGCUAACAUCAUGUGUCCUGGUCUGACGUCGCCUGGUGCCGCACUUCCAGAUGCCCCAGGUUUCGAAGAGGAAUCAAUAGUCGUGAUCAACGCUGAAAAUAAAGACAGUGCCUUGGCUAUCGGAAAACUGAUGAUGAGUACAGAGGAAAUAAAAUCUGUAAAUAAGGGACAUGGUGUUGAAAUGAUUCAUCACCUCGGAGACCCGUUAUGGACUUUCAACGUCGAGUAG